UGCUGACCCGUGAGCCUGAGAUGCGUCUAGGAUCUGGGCCGACUGAUGCGCAGGAGAUUAUGUCUCAUGCCUUCUUCAGGAACAUCAACUGGGACGACAUCUACCAUAAGAGAGUACAGCCGCCAUUUAUUCCACAGAUUACGAGCCCAACGGACACAAGCAAUUUCGAUACCGAGUUUACAAGUGUUACACCGGUGCUUACACCGGUGCAGUCUGUCCUUUCGCAAGCUAUGCAAG